AUGACCCAGACCUCAAAUACCGACGAGCCGGACAACAAGACUGAGCCCCUAAACUCGGGGCCCCUCAUGUCGAGAAACUCCUCCGUCCUCACACUGACCACGCCUCAGCUGUACUCGAUCUACGGCGGCGGCGAAAAUUUGAUAGAUGCCCAAGACGCAGAUACUGCAAACGAUAUUUACGAGAACCUGAAAGACAACAUCAGAAAGAGGAGGCCCGGCGACGCUCCUCGUGCGCCUCCGCGCUCGAGCCCGCGAAAGUCGGCAAUCGGCCUGUUUCCCGGGAUCGUCGGCAAAAGUCUGGUUUUAUGUGUGCUCGGCAACCUGUUCAUCAAGCUGAUCGAGCAGCUGUACAAACUGAACCCGGCUCUCCCCAAUCUCGCGGACUUUCGUUUAAUUUACCUAGUCAGAGAUAACGUCAACUUGCCGUUGAGCCCCGUCCAGAUGGAAAUCCUCAACAACUCCGUAAUGGGCCUGCUCUUUGGCUCCAUCAGACCGCUUUCGGAGCUCGUGUUCACCUGGAACGGCAAGAAACGGUCCUUCCCAGAAACGGCUGCGCUAGUCAGGUUCACUGUUGCACUGGUCGGGUUUUCGUACGGACUGCGAAAGGUGGAGUGGGACUCGAAGCUCGAGGCGUCGCUCGUCUUCCUGGGCAUCUGCGCACUGCUGUGGAUCGUGAUGGACUCGUCUAUCGGCGGCCUGCUGUCCUCGUUUAUCGUCUCUCUGGGGACGAUCGUCGUUUACACCUACGUCACGUUCCAGCAAAACCUGCUCGGCGUGUUUAGCGACCCAGACACACUGGCCGAUCUUCUCUGGAACGGGUCUUUCCUGUUCAUCUCGCUAGUUAUAUUUGGCCGGAUCAGCAAGAGACUAAUCGGCUAG